AUGGGGUCGACGCAGUUCGGAAACUUCCAUGACUUCUGUCGCGACUCGACGCUACCGGUGUGCAAUCUUUUCGCCAAUGGCACCGCCAAUGGGACUGCGAACGUAUGCGAGUUGACGGGUAUCCCGCUGAGUGGGGAGGAUCGAUACCUUCGAAACCUAGGUUCGAUUCUCUUGGCUUUCAUUGCCAUUAUCUUGACUGUGGGCAUGAUUUGGAGGUCGGAUAAGAAGCAUGCGGCGGUGGGCAGACGGGAAAUGCAAUUGUUCCUACUGGGAUUUAUCAUCAUUGAGAUCUGUGAGAUCUUUACUGUGGGCGGAUUCCCGUUGAACGACGCGGUUCGGAAGGGCUUUACGGCGGUUCAUAUCGCUGCAAUCACCUCGACUUGUUGGGUUCUUCUGAUGAAUGCCCUCGUUGGCUUCCAGCUACUGGACGAUGGGACUCCAGCUUCUCUCGGAUUAAUCUGUGCCUCGGCGACGGCUCUGUUUAUCGGCACGGGCUACAUUGCUCUAGACACUGCAUUCACCUGGACCGGCCAUUUCGAGUCAAGUCUCGACUCCCCAAAUCGAAACAUCGCCCUCUAUGUUCUGUAUCAACUUGUUCCGCUCGUCUGCGUGUUCUUGUUCUACGUCCUAGAGGCCGUGCUGGUCCUUCGAGUCUUGGGCGAGUUCCGGCCAAUGUUCUAUCUCACGGGUGCCGCACUGCUGUUUGCCAUUGGUCAAAUCUUCAACUAUGUGAUCAGCAUCCACCUGUGCAAUGCCACCGACGGGAAGAUCAACGGGGCAUUAUUCGAAACCCUGUUCACUCUUCUCGCUGUGCUCGGCAUCUGGACCUUCUGGAGCAGUAUCACGGAAGAUGACUGGCCUCUGCCCGUCGGUGGCAGUGGCGGUUACAACUGA